GAUGUGCAGGUCCCUGUGUGUCCCCUCUGCAACACCCCGGUCCCCGUGAGGCGAGGGGACAUGCCCGAUGUCGUGGUGGGUGAGCACAUUGACCGUGACUGCAAGUCUGACCCCGCACAGCGCAAGCGCAAGAUCUUCACCAACAAGUGUUUGAAGCCUGGCUGCAAGCAGAAGGAGAUGAUGAAGGUGAUCUGUGACCAGUGCCACAAGAACUACUGCCUCAAGCAUCGGCAUCCACUGGACCAUGACUGCAGUGGGGCAGGGCGUCCCCUCUCCAAAGCAGGGCAUGCUGCAGUUGCGAGAGCCCAGGCAUCCUCCUCCAAAAUGGUCACUGCAUCGAGCAGUGGAGCUGCCCAGACGGCAAACAGCCCCUCUUCUCCUGCCUCUGCCAGAGGAGGCAGAGCAGCUGUGCUGCAGACUCGCAGCACCUCCCCUUCGGCUGUCAUGCUCCAGAACGGUCUGAGCGAGGAAGAGGCACUGCAGCGAGCUCUGGAGAUGUCCCUGGCAGAGUCAGCACACAGCUCGGCACAUCCACCCAGCAGCACGCAGGAGGAGGAGGAUCUGGCACUGGCCCAGGCGCACGGUUCAAAGCCAUCAAACUGCAGCAUGUCGUAG